AUGUCCAAAAUACUGAAGUGUGCCGGCAACGAGGACAUCAUAACUCUGCGGGCAGAGGACAACGCAGACACCUUGGCUCUAGUGUUUGAAGCACCAAAUCAGGAGAAGGUUUCUGACUACGAGAUGAAGCUCAUGGAUCUCGAUGUGGAGCAGCUUGGAAUUCCAGAGCAGGAGUACAGCUGUGUGGUGAAGAUGCCCUCGGCAGAGUUCGCCCGCAUCUGCCGGGACCUCAGCCACAUCGGCGACGCCGUCGUCAUCUCCUGCGCCAAGGACGGCGUCAAGUUCUCGGCCAACGGGGAGCUGGGCAACGGCAACAUCAAGCUGUCCCAGACCAGCAACGUGGACAAGGAGGAGGAGGCUGUUACAAUAGAGAUGAAUGAGCCUGUCCAGUUGACCUUUGCUCUGAGGUACCUGAACUUUUUUACCAAAGCCACUCCCCUGUCACCUACAGUAACACUCAGCAUGUCUGCAGAUGUUCCUCUUGUUGUGGAGUACAAGAUUGCUGAUAUGGGACACUUAAAAUACUACCUGGCUCCAAAGAUUGAAGACCAACAAGAAGGCUCUUAAUUGGCGUGGGACUGAGG